AUGAAGAACGUUUCCCCCGGCGACAUCCUGCGCUUUAACCGGGCCAGCAUCCUAGGUUCACGGGAUUAUACGCUCAAAGCCGGCAGCGCAUCCACCGAAUCGUACGACAAGCGCCGCACGGGAGAACCAAACUAUCUAGACGAGAGAUUGUUCGAGUGCAGGGUCCGAGUCAUGGGAAUCGAGACCGAGCCCAUGACAUUCAAGGAGAAGAAGAAGAGGCGGAAUCGACACAGGAAGAUUGUGCGGAGCAAGCACAAGUACACCUUGUGCCGCGUGAUGCAGGUCCGGGCCAAGGGAUUGGAUGAAUUAAUCCAAGGAGAGAAGGGGAUGGUGUUGCUGGAAGGUCAGGAGAAGGGCAACGCCGACGCCAGUGCUUGA